CCGUUGCAGCUGCUGCACGCUGGAGGACAAACCCACGCUUUCAUUCUCUACCUCCCUCCAUCUCCUCCUCUUUCUCCUGCACUUCUUCUCUCUGUGCAGCGCUCUCUGCUCCACUUUUUCAUUGUGCUGCCUCCUCAGUCGGAGGAGGAUGGGUGGAUUCCUGAGCAGAGGGGAGGUGUGAUAUGUGAAGACACUGACAGAUGGAUGGAUGGGGAGCAAACAGAAGCAUGAUGCUGCCACCGCCGUCGCCGCGGUGUGUCUGCUGAGCCAGCAAUUUCUGCCUCAACACUGGUGAGACAAGAAAGAGAGAGAGAGAGAGGGGCAGUGAGGUUUCUAUGUCACUUGCCCUCUGUUGCUCUCUAGGAUUGUCUCUAUUGAGAUUUGCAGCUAAAUCUGGGAUUAUUUCUUUACCAAUUAAGAAGUAAGAGUGCAUUUGAAGCCCGGGUUAACAUUUGAGUUUACUUUAUCCUCUAAGAUCUCAUCUGUGCUUCUUGGAACUUGUUUUAUGCUCUUGUUUACUGAGCUUUCUUCUACUGGACACAUAUAUCCUGUUGGAUUAUUCUCGGUGGAGCUUUUGGCUGCUGCAAAGUUCGUUCUCUUGAAAGCUGAAGUUGAUCCUCCUGGACUCGAUCUUUAACUGUUGAAACUCGAGGAGCAAACUCAAACUCUGGUUUCUUCUCAUCGAGACAAUUGGACUCAACUGGAACCUCCCUGGAAACUCUUACAUUUACUUGUUGAGUCUCUCCUCAAUGCCUCUUUGGACGCGUCUAGUCUAAAUAUUUCACUACCCUCUCUGGAGUUUCAUCAUGGAGCUUCAGAGUGCCACCAGCAGCCUCCCUGGCCCUCUUUCCCCCAGCACUCUCUCUCCCACCAUGGACUAUGCCGGCCCUCUGUCCCCAUCCUCGGGAGGAGACCCGUCUCACGGCAGUCCCAUCCGGGGUUCGAGCCCCAGCCUCAGCCCCAUCAGGGGUCUCAGCCCUGUCCCUGGUUUCUCAGGUCAGGCUGCAUUCAACUACAACCAGCUGGAAGGAAGGUUUAAACAGCUCCAAGAUGAGCGUGAGGCGGUGCAGAAGAAGACCUUCACUAAGUGGGUGAACUCUCACCUGUCCAGAGUGUCCUGUCGGAUCACUGACCUCUACAUGGACCUGAGGGACGGACGCAUGCUCAUCAAACUGCUGGAGGUCCUGUCAGGAGAAAGACUGCCCAAACCCACCAAGGGCCGGAUGAGGAUUCACUGCCUGGAAAACGUGGACAAGGCUCUGCAGUUUCUCAAGGAGCAGAGGGUCCACCUGGAGAACAUGGGCUCCCACGACAUCGUAGACGGAAACCACCGCCUCACCCUCGGGCUCAUCUGGACCAUCAUUCUCCGCUUCCAGAUCCAGGACAUCAGUGUGGAGACGGAGGACAACAAGGAGAAGAAGUCUGCUAAAGAUGCUCUGCUGCUCUGGUGUCAGAUGAAGUCGGCAGGGUAUCCAAACGUCAACAUCCACAACUUCACCACCAGCUGGAGAGACGGGAUGGCCUUCAACGCUCUCAUCCACAAACACAGACCAGACCUGAUUGACUUUGAUAAGCUGAAGAAAUCAAACGCUCACUACAACCUGCAGAAUGCCUUCAACCUGGCCGAGCAACACCUGGGUCUCACCAAGCUGCUGGACCCCGAGGACAUCAGCGUGGACCACCCUGAUGAGAAGUCCAUCAUCACCUACGUGGUCACCUACUAUCACUACUUCUCCAAGAUGAAGGCGCUGAAGGUGGAGGGGAAGAGAAUCGGAAAGGUUUUGGACAACGCCAUCGAGACAGAGAAGAUGGUGGAUAAGUACGAGUCUCUGGCCUCAGACCUGCUGGAAUGGAUCGAACAGACCAUCAUCAUCCUCAACAACAGGAAGUUUGCAAACUCUCUGGUGGGAGUCCAGCAGCAGCUUCAGGCCUUCAACACGUACCGCACUGUGGAGAAACCACCAAAGUUCACAGAGAAGGGAAACCUGGAGGUUCUUCUGUUCACCAUCCAGAGUAAGAUGAGAGCAAACAACCAGAAAGUGUACACACCCCGAGAGGGAAAACUCAUCUCUGACAUCAACAAGGCAUGGGAGCGUCUGGAGAAGGCGGAGCACGAGCGUGAGCUGGCUCUGAGGACAGAGCUGAUUCGUCAGGAGAAACUGGAGCAGCUCGCCCGCCGCUUCGACCGCAAAGCCGCCAUGAGGGAGACAUGGUUGAGUGAGAACCAGCGGCUCGUCUCUCAGGAUAACUUUGGAUUUGACCUCCAGGCCGUAGAAGCAGCCACAAAGAAACAUGAAGCCAUAGAGACGGACAUUACAGCGUAUGAGGAGCGCGUUCAGGCGGUGGUUGCCGUGGCGAAGGAGCUGGAGGCGGAGAGUUACCAUGACAUCAAACGCAUCACGGCCAGGAAGGACAACGUGAUCCGGCUGUGGGAGUACCUGCUGGAGCUGUUGAAGGCCCGCAGGAUGAGACUGGAGAUGACCCUGGGCCUGCAGAGAGUCUUCCAGGAGAUGCUCUACAUCAUGGACUGGAUGGAUGAGAUGAAGAUGCUGCUUCUCUCUCAGGAUUAUGGGAAACACUUGCUGGGUGUGGAGGACCUGCUGCAGAAACACGCUCUGGUGGAGGCCGACAUCAGCAUCCAGUCCGACCGAGUCCGAACCGUCAACAACAAUGCUCAGAAGUUUGCAGAUGAGAUGGAGGGGUAUAAGCCCUGUGAUCCUCAGAUCAUCAGGGAUCGUGUCGCUCACAUGGAGUUCUGCUACCAGGAGCUGAGUCAGCUGGCAGCUGAGCGCCGAGCUCGUCUGGAGGAGUCCCGUCGUCUCUGGAAGUUCUUCUGGGAGAUGGCUGAAGAGGAGGGCUGGAUCCGGGAGAAGGAGCAGAUUCUGUCCCUCGAGGAUUAUGGGAAGGAUCUCACGGGGGCAUUGCGCCUGCUGAGUCAGCACAAAGCCUUCGAAGAUGAGAUGACUGGGCGAGCCGCCCACCUGCAGCAGACCAUCAAACAGGGCGAGGAGCUGGUGGCAAACAACCACUUUGGAGCUGACAAGAUCAAAGAACGUAUCCAGGACAUCCAGGAGCAGUGGGCGGCUCUGGAGCGACUCUCUGCUGUACGUAAAGCUCGUCUGCAGGAAGCCUGCAACCAGCACCAGUUCCAGGCUGAUGCUGACGACAUCGACACGUGGAUGCUGGACGUGCUGAGGAUAGUCUCCAGCGUGGACGUGGGUCAUGACGAGUUCUCCACUCAGGCUCUCGUGAAGAAACACAAGGAUGUGGCCGAGGAGAUCAACAGCUACCGACCGGUCAUUGACGCUUUGCAUGAACAGUCCCGCACGCUGCCGCCAGAGAAGGCCAACUCUGAGGAGGUCCAGAACAGGCUGGCGGGCAUCGAGGAGCGUUACAAAGAGGUGGUGGAGCUGACGCGGCUCAGGAAGCAGGCGCUGCAGGAUGCUCUGGCUCUGUACAAGAUGCUGAGUGAAGCAAGCGCCUGCGAGGUGUGGAUCGAUGAAAAGGAGCAGUGGCUCAACAGCAUGGAGAUCCCCGAGAAACUGGAGGACCUGGAGGUGGUCCAGCACCGGUUCGAGAGUUUGGAGCCGGAGAUGAACAACCAGGCGUCAAGAGUUGCAGUGGUCAACCAGGUUGCCAGGCAACUGCUCCACAGUGAACAUCCCAGCGAGAAGGAGAUCAAAGCUCAGCAGGACAAACUCAACACCAGGUGGAGUCAGUUUAGAGAUCUGGUGGACCAGAAGAAAGACAGCCUCAGCUCAGCUUUGGGUGUCCAGAAUUAUCACCUGGAGUGCAACGAGACCAAGUCCUGGAUCAAAGAGAAGACCAAGGUGAUCGAGUCGACCCAGGAGCUGGGGAACGACCUGGCCGGAGUGAUGGCACUGCAGAGGAAGCUAACUGGGAUGGAGCGAGACCUGGCCGCCAUCGAAGACAAGCUGGGAGACUUGGGAAAAGAGGCCGACCGCUUGGCCUCCGAACACCCAGAGCAGUCUGAGGCUAUCAAGGGGCGACUGGCUGAGAUCACCGGCGUGUGGGACGAGAUGAAGGACACCAUGAAGAACAGGGAGGAGUCCUUGGGCGAGGCCAGCAAGCUGCAGCAGUUCCUGCGUGAACUGGACGACUUCCAGUCAUGGCUGUCUCGGACUCAGACCGCCAUCGCCUCAGAGGACAUGCCCAACACUCUGGCCGAGGCCGAGAAGCUGCUGACCCAGCACGAGGGCAUCAAGAACGAGAUCCGCAACUACGAGGAGGAUUAUCAGAAGAUGCGGGACAUGGGCGAGAUGGUGACGCAGGGCCAGACGGACGCGCAGUACAUGUUCCUGCGGCAGCGGCUGCAGGCUCUCGACACCGGCUGGAACGAGCUGCACAAGAUGUGGGAGAACCGUCAGAACCUGCUGUCCCAGUCCCACGCAUACCAGCUCUUCCUCAGGGACACAAAGCAGUCUGAGGCCUUCCUCAACAACCAGGAGUACGUCCUCGCUCACACUGAGAUGCCCACCACUCUGGAGGGGGCCGAGGCGGCCAUCAAGAAGCAGGAGGACUUCAUGACCACCAUGGACGCAAACGAGGAGAAGAUCAGCGGCGUGGUCGAUGCCGGCCGGCGCCUGGUAACCGACGGCAACAUCAACGCUGAGCGCAUUCAGGAGAAGGUGGACUCAAUCGACCAGAGACACAAGAAGAAUCGAGCGGCUGCCAGCGACCUGCUGGCGAGGCUGAAAGACAACAGGGAUCUGCAGAAAUUCCUGCAGGACUGCCAGGAGCUGUCCCUGUGGAUCAAUGAGAAGAUGCUGACGGCUCAGGACAUGUCGUACGACGAGGCCAGGAACCUUCACAGCAAGUGGCUCAAACACCAGGCCUUCAUGGCCGAGCUGCAGUCCAACAAGGAGUGGCUUGACAAGAUCGAUAAGGAUGGGAAGACGCUGAUGGCAGAGAAGCCAGAGACAGAGGCCAUGGUUAAUGAGAAGCUGGCGUCUCUGAAGACAAUGUGGCAGGACCUCGAGUCCACCACCCAGACCAAAGCCAAGUGUCUGUUUGAUGCCAACAAAGCCGAGCUGUUCACCCAGAGUUGCGCUGACCUCGACAAGUGGCUUGCCAGCCUGGAGGGACAGCUGCAGUCCGACGACUACGGCAAAGACCUCACCUCUGUCAACAUCAUGCUCAAGAAACAACAGAUCCUGGAGAGCCAGGUGGAGGUGCGUCAGAAGGAGGUUGGGGAGCUGCAAGGCCAGUCACAGGCUCUCAGUCAAGAGGGGAAAGGCUCUGAGGAAGUUGACGGACAGAGGAUCAGUGUGGAGAAGAAGUUCGAUUCCCUCCAGGCACCACUGAAGAAGAGACGGGACAACCUCAUGGCCUCACGCGAGAUCCACCAGUUCAACAGGGAUGUGGAAGAUGAAAUCCUCUGGGUGGAGGAGAGGAUGGCCCUGGCCACAUCAACAGACCACGGACACAACCUGCAGACCGUACAGAUGCUCAUCAAGAAGAACCAGACCUUACAGAAGGAGAUCCAGGGUCAUCAGCCGCGCUACGACGACAUCUUUGAGCGCAGCCAGCACGUCCUUAGGGAGGACAGCCCGACGGCCGAGCUGAUCCGUCAGCGUCUAAGCGAGCUCCAGUCGCUAUGGGAACAGAUCAGGAAGGAGACAGAGAACCGUCACGCCCGUCUCAGUGAGGCCCAUAAGGCUCAGCAGUACUACUUUGACGCUGCUGAGGCCGAGGCUUGGAUGAGCGAACAGGAGCUCUACAUGAUGUCGGAGGAGAAGGCCAAGGACGAGCAGAGUUCGGUUGCCAUGUUGAAGAAGCACCAGAUCCUGGAGCAGGCGGUGGAGGAUUAUGCUGACACCGUCCACCAGCUGUCUAGCACCAGUCGGGGUCUGGUGGCUGCUGGACAUCCUGACAGCGAGCGUAUCGGGAUGCGUCAGUCUCAGGUGGAUAAGCUGUACGCCGGGCUGAAGGAUUUGUCGGAGGAGCGUCGGGGGAAGCUAGACGAGCGUUUGCGUCUCUUCCAGCUGAACCGCGAGGUGGACGACCUGGAGCAGUGGAUCGCCGAGAGGGAGGUGGUGGCCGGAUCCCAUGAGCUGGGACAGGACUACGAGCACGUCACUAUGCUACAGGAGCGCUUCAGAGAAUUUGCCCGUGACACCGGGACCAUCGGCCAGGAGCGCGUGGACACUGUCAACCGGCAGGCGGAUGAGCUGAUCAACACUGGUCACGGAGACGCCGCCACCAUCGCAGAGUGGAAGGACGGCCUGAACGAGGCGUGGGCCGACCUGCUGGAGCUCAUUGACACCCGAACGCAGAUCCUCGCCGCCUCCUUCGAACUGCACAAGUUCUACCAUGACGCCAAGGAGAUCCUGAACCGCAUCCUGGACAAACACAAGAAGCUUCCAGAGGAGCUCGGUCGGGACCAGAACACGGUGGAGACCCUGCAAAGGAUGCACACCACCUUCGAACACGACAUUCAGGCACUGGGAACACAGGUGCGGCAGCUUCAGGAGGACGCCGUUCGCCUGCAGUCUGCUUACGCUGGAGAUAAAGCUGACGACAUUCAGAAGAGAGAAGGAGAGGUCCUUGAGGCCUGGAAGAAUCUUCUGGAGGCGGCUGAAGGUCGCAGGGUGAAGCUGCUCGACACUGGAGACAAGUUCCGCUUUUUCAGCAUGGUGCGAGACCUGAUGCUGUGGAUGGAGGACGUCAUCCGCCUGAUCGAGGCCCAGGAGAACCCCAGGGACGUGUCAUCAGUGGAGCUGUUAAUGAACAACCAUCAGGGCAUCAAGGCGGAGAUCGACGCCCGCAAUGACAGCUUCACCGCCUGCAUUGAGCUCGGCAAAGCUCUGCUGGCAAGGAAGCACUACUCUUCAGAGGAGAUUAAAGAAAAGUUGUUACAGUUGACGGACAAGAGGAAAGACAUGAUUGACAAAUGGGAAGACAGAUGGGAGUGGCUUAGACUUGUCCUGGAGGUGCACCAGUUUUCAAGGGAUGCAGGUGUGGCCGAGGCAUGGCUGCUGGGUCAGGACCCGUACCUGUCCAGCAGGGAGAUCGGUCAGAGCGUGGACGAGGUGGAGAAACUCAUCAAACGCCACGAGGCCUUUGAGAAGUCAGCCGCCACCUGGGAGGAACGCUUUGCCGCUCUGGAGAGAUUGACUACGAUGGAGUUAUUGGAAGUGAGAAGAGCGCAAGAGGAAGAAGAGAAGAGAAGACAACCCCCGCCCACUGAGGGUCAGCCUGAUACUGCUGCAGCACAGCAGAGGGAGGGAGGUGAGCAGGUGUCUCAGAAUGGGCUGCCGUCCGACCAGGAGUCUCCCAGGGAUAAUGUUGAAGGGGGUGAGGUGGUGAAUGGAGUGUCGGAGCCCAGCCCCGCGGGGUCUCCCGGGGCGUCUCGCAAGGGCAAGGCCAGCCAGGCAGCGACCCUGCCUGCUAAGACCCAGCAGGAUGCGCCCACGUCCCAGCUGGAGGGCUUCCUGCACCGCAAACAUGAGUGGGAGGGGCAUAACAAGAAGGCUUCAAGCAGGUCGUGGCACAACGUGUACUGUGUGAUCAAUCAGCAGGAGAUGGGUUUCUAUAAGGAUCAGAAGAGCGCCAGUCAGGGCAUUCCCUACCACAGCGAGAUUCCCAUCAGCCUGAAGGACGCUGUCUGCGAGGUGGCGCUGGAUUACAAGAAGAAGAAACAUGUCUUUAAGCUCAAGAUUACUGAUGGGAAUGAGUAUCUCUUCCAAGCCAAAGAUGAUGAGGAGAUGAACGUGUGGAUCUCGGCCAUCUCAGCCGCCGUCUCGGGCGACAAGAUGGAGAUCACACCCAGCAGCCAUAGCACGCCCGCCCCCGCCGCACGUGCCCAGACGCUGCCGGCGUCCGUCGCCACGGUGGCGGCAUCAGCGGCCGAGUCCAGCCCGGGCAAACGAGAGAAAGACAAGGAGAAGCGCUUCAGUCUGUUCAGCAAGAAGAAAUAGACGCUCCUCCUUCCCUCUCACCUUCUCCUCCUCCUCUUCCUCUUCCCUCUGGUGCUGUUUGGGGCCGCUCCUCAAUAUCAAACCAUCUUUGAUCAAAUAUUUGUUGAAGAUGUCCGUGUCAAUCAAUCUAGAGUCAGCGCCUAGCAACUUAUACUGGAAUCAUAAAAAACUAACCAUUAACUUGUAAAUGAAUAUAAAUGUCUUCAAAACUUUACAUUGUCUGUUAAUGUAAUACAAUGAAAUGAUGAUGUAAUAGAAAGAGGAUAACAGACUUUAUCAGAAGAUUAUAUUCGCAGUUGCUAUGUCAAAAAUAAUUCCCAAACAGCCCCUCGUUCUCUUCCUUCUCUACUUUCCUCCUCUUCUUCUUCUUCUUCUUCCUCUUCUUCUUCUUCUUCCUCUUCUUCCUCUCAAAGCGUGACUCCAGCAUGCAAGCUCCGAGCCAAAACUCUCCACUCUGUGCCUAUCAACUGUCCGGUCUGGCUCAGAGUUACAGUACAGCUACAACACACCACCUGUAUCCUCUGUUCAGUUUUUGUAAGAUAAGGAGCAGGAAAAAAAAAAGAAAAAAAUAGAGAUCGAUGGAAGGGCAAAAAUAAUUUAAACGGGGUUUGCAAACGCUUCUGGCAGCUGCUGUCAUGGAAAUAAAAUCCAGAGUUUGCCGCUGAACAACAACACCAAGUAGAGGAGAAUUCCCAGAUUAUUCCUUAUUAUUAUUAUUAUUCUUAAUGCUAUUAUUUGUGUUUUCUAUAUCCUAUUAUUUGGUUUCCUUUCUCUGCUUCUCAUUGUCCCAGCUUUUUCGUCGACUACUGCCUUUCGUGGGUUGUGUUUACGCUCCCCAGUUGUCUCCGUUUUUGAGUUGUUUUGUUGGUUUUUGUUUUGUUUUUUUGGGGAAGUUGUAGGUAGUUCCCGUUAGAGUCCAUCCUCAGUUUUUGCGAGGCCUUGUCUUUGCAAGAUGACGUGUAUCCCUCUGUAGUGGGGAAAACUGAGACCACGGCGGGGUAAACCUCUGAAAUUACACCUCCUCUGAGUUUUGUAAGAGUAAAUCCAAAUGUAGAGAAAUACGUUGUGAAAGCGCUAAACGUUCAAAGACAUUGAAUUUGUCGAGAGCGGGGGGAAAAAAAUGAAAAUCAAAUUACAAAACUGAACAGCUUUUUGUGCACUGACUAAUUCUGCUUUUCUGAUGGUUAAAACUGUUGCAAUAACCCUGUGAAAAGCAGAGUAUCCUCAUUAAGUUCUUUUUCUUCCCAGUGCUGUGUAAUCCCUGCAGCAUUACACACAACGGCUGUAAUUUGGAGUGUUACCCUGCGGUGCUUUGAACUGUAUGUAUAACUUGUGUAUAACAAACUGUUAAAAAUAAACCUGUGUUUAAUUUCACUUAUUAUCAUUACUACUAAUAAGACCUACCGACAGUUAUAAGCUUCACUUGAGUAUCAUUUUCUUUACCUGAAAACCUAACAAUGUGUACACUUAACAAAUCUGAAUGAAGGAGCUAUUGAUGGGGUGAUAAAUAAAUAAAUAAAUAAAUAAGACCAGUAAGAAUGUUGGAGAACUCAAACUUAAGAGCAUCCAAUAAGUUUUAGUUUUGACUCUCUUUACGUUUAGUCCUUUGGAAUAUGUUUAGUUUCCUCCAGUAUGUAUUUUCUGUUCCACAGUUAAGCUAUGUCUAAAGUUAAUUUAGUCUGACAAGUAUGGAGAUGUAGAUGUACUAUAAAAUCAAAAACUACUUUAAGCAUCGCUGUUAAGUGGACGAGUCGGUUCUUCAAAAGCAUUUACUGAAAGUGAGUAAUGUUGCAGAAUAAUGGUCGCUUGCUUGUUGGCUUCAGCAUUUCCAUAUUUUGAGAUUUCAGACGUUUGCCGGCGAAGAUCUCGCAGUGAAAUGUGAUGAGUUGCUCAUCCUGUAUGGAAGUUCUUUAAUGACAAAAUAAAUAGAAUCACUUGGCACUGUGAUCUACAGAAGUGUGCAGAACGUCAUUUGUCUGCAUGAUAAAGGCAGAGUGUGGAAGUUUUGAUUACUAGUCAUGAGAACAUACUUCCUGUCGCAUGGUAUGUUGAAUUUGCAUGCUUACUCUGCUAGUUUAACCUUUGGUCCAACAUUUUAAAACACAUGCUCUAAAGACCAAGUCUCAGUCUAAAACAAAAAAAAUGAGUUUAUUUAAGUGCACUGGGAAGCUAAGAAGAUGCCUAACCCCAAACUUUCAGGUCCUUUCAGGUUUUUUUUAAAUGUCUGGAUGUUGGAUUAUUACAUGCAUAGCCAUCAGAAAAGGUGAGCUCAGGUUUCAAACUGACCUACAAAUCCAAAAACUCCUCUAAAAAAGGGGCUGCUGGGUUAAGGCUUGAAUUUGUUAUGUCAUUAAUGGACUUCCAUACCGGCCAGGAAAAGUGGAAACAAAACAUCUGGAAUUAACCCCAAUGUGUAAAAAAAGAAGUGUGUUUGUUUUCCACAGCUGGAGGGGGGGGGGGGGGUGGUUUGGUUUGGAUGGGACUCAGGCUGCACGUUGGUGAAACACCUCGAGGAACUGAAAACCCUCUUCACUGGGGCGAAGGUCCUGAAAUGUUUCCUGUUGAGUUUUUUCUUUUUGCUACAUUCUCUGGCGAUUUGAUAAAUAUAGUGUGCAUUCUUCUGUCACUGUAACCAUAGUAACAAGAUAUUUCUUCAUAUUGCACAAUCAACAAUGCCACGAUGGGGUUGUGGGUGGGGUAGGUUGGGUGGGAGUGGGCAGGGCAGGGGCUUUUGUCGGUGAGGUAGUCAAGUGUGAUGUGGACCCAGGGGUCACUGCUAGUUGGAUCUGCACCCGUAGACUUCUCCCCAUCUCUGUUACAUAUGUGCAAAAAGCCAUUAAAAUGCUUUUAAAAUGA